AUGCUCUUCCCCACCGCGAUAACACUCGCGCUUGCUGGUGUCGCGGUGGCCUCUCCGGGAUGGAGAUUCUGGCCAGGUCCAUUCUCAAGCUGGGCCAGCGUUACACACAUUAUCUCAUUCGGAGAUAGUUACACACAAACCGGAUUUGAUCCAAAGGGACCGCAGCCUUCGAGAGCUAAUCCGCUAGGCAAUCCAGAUUAUCCUGGUGACACUUCCUCGAACGGUCCAAACUGGAUCGACUUUCUGACAACGACAUGGAAUAGAACGCUCGUCAAGACUGUCAAUCUUGCCUUUGGUGGCGCCACGGUGGACGGCGACUUGAUCCCAGCAUUUGCCCCUACAGUGAUUUCACUGAAGCAACAAAUCAAUGAUCAAUAUGUUCCGAUCUAUUCGAAACAUCCAAGUUAUUUCAACUGGCAGCCCCAAAGCACCUUGUUCACCAUCUUCAUCGGCAUCAACGACGUCAACAACGGAUAUAAUUUGCCAAAUAAGUCGCAGCUCUACUCUCAAGAGCUGACCGAAUACGCUCAGCUUGUGGACACACUUUACCAGACCGGAGCGCGUAACUUCGUCCUGCUCAACGUUCCUCCUAUUGACCGGGAUCCCAUUACGACUGAGACCGGCGAGGCUGCCGUGGAGAGCCAAAAGACCGACAUCGCCGCGUGGAACGGGAAAGUCAACAGCAUCGUGAAGAAUUUGAACCGCAAGCCCGGUGUGACAGCCUUUUUGUUCGAUGCCAAUGCGUUGUACAACAAAGUGAUUGAUGAGCCGUGUUCGUAUCCCGAGACGUGUGCAUUGAAGGACACUUCCAGCUAUUGUCCAAUGUAUGCGUUCGGGACGCCCACUUGGUAUUCAAAGGACCCACAGUGUGAAUAUCCACUGAAUACCCUACAUCCAACUUUCAGGAUCCACAAUGCUACGGCUCGAGAAAUUGCAAAUCGGUUGAGCACAGGCAGAUACUGGUGGUUAUAG